AUGCCUUCAUCAUCACCAUCCUCAUCUCUCGACAGCCUAGACAGUGGCAUCAACGCUGCAAAACUAGAAGCAGCCAACCGCUAUGUCCGCUGGAACCUAUUAUUUCUUCUGAUAAUCUUCACCUUUCUUCUAUUUCCAAUAUGGAUGCCUCUUACUCCCUAUGUCAACCAAGCAACCAACGUCGUCAUCAUAAUCAUAAUGGGUCUUUUCCAACUCAUCUGGCUGAUAGCCACCAUUUGCGCCAUUCGUCGAACACUAGCCAUUAACAGCCGAAACAAGCUCAAGACCACGAAAGCUCAAGAUGUCGAAUCAGCGGACGCCACGGCCAACGACUACUCAACCAUUCGUCACAUAGUUGCCAUGACCUUAUACAAGGAACCCAUGGGCGUACUGCAAGCCACAUUAGACUCUCUCGUGCGGCAAAAGGAUGCCCAAUCCCGCCUCUCUGUCAUUAUUGGCAUGGAAUGCCGCACACCAGAUAAGGAAGCCAAACGCGAUGAAAUCUACGCAAAGUACGAGAGCAAAUUCCUCCGUCUCAUCGUCACCUUCCACCCCGCGGGCAUUCCUGGCGAAAUCAGCGGCAAGUGCUCCAACAUGAACUACGCCUGUCGCCAAGGCCUACAGAUCCUCCGUCAAGAUGUCGACUACAACUAUGAGAAAUACGAACAUAUCUUUACCAACUGCGACUGCGACGCCGUUUUCGAUCCUGAAUACAUGCUGGAGCUGGAGACCGAGUACUCCAAGCUAGAUUUUGCCGACCGCCACUCCUCCAUCUGGCAGUCCAUCAUCAUCUACAAGCGCGACUCCAUGCCCUUCUUUGUCGACAUUACCGGUGUUUUGCGCACGUUUUUCUUCAUGGGUAUUUUGAUUCCCUGGAACAUCAAUCCCAUGUCUCAUUACUCCCUCAGUGUCAAGUUGUUGGAGGAGGGCGCCUUUACCCACCCGGCCUAUCAGAUGGAGGAUAUUAUUGCCUUGAUUCGCUACACCAUCAUAACGCGACGAGAAAUCCGCAUCAGGCCGUUGAAUCUAAUUUCUAUCAACGGUCCGACCUCUGGCGCCAACUACGCAGAUGAAAUCCGCGAAUGGGCCCUCCAGGUUCGCCGAUGGACCAUUGGCGCCGGCGAAGUCUUCCACUACUUCAUUGUCAAGACCUACCGAAUGCCUGGGCUCUAUCUGUCUAUCAGCUGGGCCACUCGAUUCUUCACGUACUAUGGCCUCGUUCUAUGCGCCAGCGCCAUCUUCUCUGUGAUUUCCCCCAUCAUUGUUCAGCUCCUGAACAUGGUUGCUGCCGAACAUGAUCGACUCUUCAUCAGCGAUGCUCUUUUUUCAACCAUCUGCUUCAUCUUCUUGGGAACGCAGUACGCGUUUUUGCUCAUCGUCACCGUCCUCGUCCGUUGGAACCUACCUGUGCCUGGCGAUAGCAAUAACAAUUACAACGAGGGUCUUCGGGGGGUUACGAGAGGCCUGUUACAUUGGGUCUUGAUGUUGCCCACCAUUCUUGCCUAUAGCUUUGUAGAGCUCUGUUCUUUCUUUGAAUUGGCGUUUAGAGGAAAGGAUGUUUGUAAGCAUAAUGCUGCCAGUAAGAACAAUCUAGUCCUAUGA